UAAUUGGCUCCUAAUGAAGAGUAAAGAGCCAUUUGCGAGGGAGAAAAAAAGAGGAAGAUGAUAUCAGAGAUGGGGAGAAGGAAGCUGCCCUUCUGUCUUUGUAUAAAAAAGGAAGAAAUAUGUGGUCUAUAGGAAAGCUCGAAGGAUUCGUGUGUCCGCGCGUGCAUUCUUGCUGGCGAGACGAUAGCGUGGGACAUCUGGUGCUGAAACCCCGAAGAAACGCCACACCAUUGCCAGGCGCCGAGGGGGCCCUCUGUCCGCGGAGAGGAUCCAGAACUGCAGUGUCUAAGGUAAGCUCUGAGAGAUAUGUUUGGUCUUGACCUCUUUCACUUCUCUCCCCCACUAGAAGAUGCGGCAGAGGCUUUUGUUAUCAUUUUAGCAGCCUUCAUUCUUUCUCGUUUGGUUUUUAAUUUUGCGGCUGCUCCUAGGCACCAUCGGAGGUCGUGCCUAGAAGAUGGGAAAUGCCGCCCAACUGUGAUAGCGGGACAGAGAGUGCUAAGGGAGUUACAAGACAGCAUGUCAGAAACAGGGCGGGAUAAAAGAUUAAAGAGCUCAAAGAGAAAAGGUGCAGGUAAGAAAACAGACCCUCCCAAAGACUUUAGAUCUGAGGGAGCGAGAGGUUGGGGAAAGAACGCCCCGGGAGAGAAACAGAGAAAGGAGAAGAAAGCUCUGGAAAGGAGAAGCCUUUAUCCAGUAAAGGAGUUAGAGGCUGUGGAGCUUGAUAGUUCAGAAACAGACGAGCUUAGCUCCUCUGAGGAAGAGGAUCUAGAAGAUGAGGGAGCUCGCUAUGAAGAAGAAAGAUAUGGGUCUAGGUGGAGAGCCACUGUGAAGACACUGAAAGUUAUGGAUCCUUUGUGGGCAAGGCUGAUAAUUUUGAUUAAACUUCACAGAGUCAUACUGAUCAGAUUUGAUAGAGGUAGACUGCCUGAAAAUUUAUUCAGGAGAAUCAAACAAAAGGACAUCUCAAUUCUCAACUUUUGUCUUCAGAGUUGUAGUGUUUCACUUCCACACCAUUUGUGAAUGUCAGUCGUGCUGCUCAGAUAUCCCGUAAUAUAUCUCAGUAUCUUACAGGAAUUUGGUUUCAACACGUUGAUGGACUAGUCCAGGAAUUGAGACAAUCCAUCGUCCAUAUCAACUCCACUCUAGUGGAUGGUCACCAUGGAAGUGGUGGGAAAUCCUACUUCUCUGCUGACUCCUAUUGGAAUGUGGGUCCCUUUCGUGGAACACCAUCUAUUUUUUUCCCUCUUUGUCUAUUGUCUGUCCUUGGUGCACCAAGCUGUCCAUGUAUGUCAGUUUAUGUCUGUGGUUUUUGUUUCUUGUUGCUUAAAUGUUUCAUGUUUUAUGUUCAAAAGAGAAA